AUGGAUGUGAAGAUUAUUGUUGAAACCGAUGCUGAAGUGCGUCUCUCAAGACGUCUUCUUCGAGACAUUCCUUACGACAACUUUAUCGCUCCGACAAGGUCUCGUGUGGAUAUUAUUGUCCCUUUCGAAGAUGCGAAUCCCGUGAAGAUUGCUAUUCUUGUUUGUGGCAUUGGUAGACUCCUAAUCGAACAUUUAAAGUGGCUCUGUUCCAGUGUGCGGUCCACAAACGCGACUCCAUAUGAAGAAGAGUCUCCACAUGCAAGAGCAUAG